AUGGGUCGACUCGCGGAGAUGCAGCGCAGGCUGCUUGAACAAAUGAUGGGCCCGGAGGCCAUGGGCGUCGCAAACGCGAACCUUGUAUGGUCUGACGACAACGUGUGCAGGAACUUUCUGUGCGGGACGUGCCCCCACACGCUCUUCACCAACACAAAAAUGGAUCUCGGCGCGUGCCCCAAGUCGCACACGGAGCGCCUCAAGACGGAGUUCCUCGCGGACCGCGAGACGAACCCGAGCGACCCGAUUUUCGCGCGGUUCCAGACGGAGUACGAGUCGAACAUCUUCGCGUUCGUAGACGAGUGUGACCGGCGGAUCCGGACGGCGCAGCGGCGGUUGGAGAAGACGCCCGAGGAGAACGCGAAGACGACGAAUUUGAUGAGGGAAAUUGCUGAGAUCGAGCUGUCCAUCCAAGGAGGCACGGAGAAGAUUGAGACACUUGGCGAACAAGGUAAAGUGGAGGAGUCCAUGAAGGAGAUGGCUGCCAUUGAGGCGUUGAAGGCCGAAAAGGGUGAGAAAGAGCGAGAACUGCAACAACUCACUGAUACUUCUGGUGCAUCCGGGCACCAAAAGCUGCGUGUCUGCGACGUCUGUGGCGCAUACCUGUCAGUGCUCGACUCUGAUCGCCGGCUGGCGGACCAUUUCGGUGGAAAAAUGCAUCUUGGUUACCACGAGCUGCGAAACAUGCUGCUCAAGUUCAAGGAAGAUCGUGACAAGCGCAAGUCGCAGCCUGCCCCCUCCGCGCCGAGCGGUGGACCACCUGCUCCUCGAGGCGAUCACCGCUCUUCGCGGGAUGACUUCCGUGAUCGCGACCGGGAUCGAGAGCCAGACCGGGACCGGGACCGAGGCUACGACCGACACGCUUCGCGAUAUGAGUGA